AUGCAGUCAGCGGAACCAGUGGGCGGUGGUGCAUCGCCUCCGUUCUCUGGGGGUGAAGUUGCAUCUCUCUCUCAAAUUUCACCUCCAGCACCGUUUGCACUUCCUUCUCCACCUGUACCCGCAGCGGCUGUCCCUCCAGUAAAUGUUCCCCCUGUGUUUGCUUCUCCUGCUGUAUUCCAUUAUUUUUAUAAAAAAGGUUAUUGUUUUUCUACGGACACAUGGGUAACGACACCCGUUGGAAAGAAACGCAUGGACAGUUUGGAAGUUGGUGAUUUUGUUCUGACGGCAGACUUGACCACCGUUUAUUACGCUCCUAUCUCAUUUUGGAUACACCGCGCACCGAAUGUCACGACGAAAUUUGUCACGAUAAUGACUGAAUACGGGAAAAUGCUAGCAUUAAGUAGUCGCCAUUUCAUUUUCAGAAACAAAUGCGAAGAAUUGUACAAUGACCACGUCAAUCUCCUUCCUUCAAACAGCGAGGCUGUUUAUGCCGAGCAACUGGAAGUGGGCGACUGUGUGUACCUUCUUUACAAGGAUAACUUCCGACUGCAGAAACUCCAGGAUAUCUCUAUAACAGAAAGACAAGGCAUUUACUCGCCUUUGACAUCAAAUGGAAGAAUAAUCGUCAAUGAUAUGUUGGCGUCAUGUUAUAGUGAUGUGAAUGAAGCUACUUUACAAACUACUUACUUCUCAGUACGGACUGUUUCUGUUUGCGGACCAAUUACGCAGAAUAAGCGAUCAUUUUCAUUAUGGUCCACAAUGUUUAGGUGCUCAACGCUCUCCGGAGAAGUGUCAUAG